UCUCUCUCUCUCUCUCUCUCUCUCUCUCUCUCUCUCUCUCUCUCUCUCUCUCGGUACCAGAUCACGGCUGGUCAGUAAGAUGAUGCCGCAGCACUCGCUUGGGCUCUGAUUAGCGUGACUGUCUGCCUACCUCGUCUUACACCAGGAGGCCAAAGAACCGCCCACACACACUCUCUCGCGCUGUCGCUAUGACGACCUCGGCCCUGCGGCGACAGGUGAAGAACAUCGUGCACAACUACUCGGAUGCAGAGAUCAAGGUGAGGGAGGCGACCUCUAAUGACCCCUGGGGUCCGUCCAGCUCGCUCAUGUCAGAGAUCGCCGAGCUGACAUUCAGUGUUGUGGCAUUCAGUGAGGUCAUGGCCAUGGUCUGGAAACGCCUCAACGACCACGGCAAAAACUGGAGACAUGUAUACAAGGCUCUGACACUGUUAGAUUAUUUGGCUAAGACGGGUUCGGAGCGCGUCGCCCAGCAGUGUCGUGACAACGCCUUCACCAUUCAGACUCUCAGAGACUUCCAGUACGUGGACCGCGAUGGGCGAGAUCAGGGCAUGAACGUGCGUGAGAAAGCCAAACAGCUUGUAGCACUGCUGAGAGAUGAGGAGCGUUUGCGUCAGGAGCGAACGCAGGCACUGAAGACCAAAGAGAGGAUGGCGGGUGGAGGCGGGGUGGGCGGCGUUCCACCCGCAUAUCCUAGCAGACGCAGCAGUCAGCCAAGCAUGGCAGCACUGUAUGGAGAAGACUUCAACUACUCCAGAGGAUCACCAUCAUCAUUUAACUCAUCGUCCUCGUCUCCUCGAGCAUCUGAUCUGGAACAGACUCGACCGCAGACCAGCGGAGAAGAAGAACUGCAGCUGCAGCUCGCAUUAGCCAUGAGCAGAGAGGUCCAGCGCACACAUCAGGGGGAUGAAGGUCAACUUCAGAAAGUUCUGGAAGAGAGCCAGAGAGAGGGAAAAUUAGGAACUGGAGAGUCAGCCAUGAUUGAUCUGGUGGAUAUAUUUGGCCCCUCGUCUGCUGUUCCAGUGAGCGAUGAUCCUUGGGAUACCCAACCCAUAUGUCCUGUGUCCUCUGACCCCUGGGAGUCUGUAGCUGGAGUAAACUCCAUCAACCCUGUGGCUGUGGCUGGUAGUCCCUGGAAGCCCCACCCUUCCUCCAGUAGCCCUGCCCACUCUUGGAGCACCCACCAAUCACCUCCUGAUCCCUGGGAAGCCCCUCCUUCAAAUCUCAACUCUAAUACGACUGAACAAGCCUGCAGGAGCCUGGCCAGACCAGUGCCAAGUGGAAAGGAUCCAUUUUCCAUUCAAGAAGAGGAGGAGGAGCUUAGAGAGGAGGAGGAGGGGCCUAAAGUGGAGCAGGAGGGGCCAAACCGAGUGUUCAGCCCUCGCUGUGAGAGUCCUUCAGAUGUUGAUCAGUUUGGCGAGUUGGUAGUUGGCGUUCAAGUCAACGGGGUGGCAAGCGACAGUCCAGAGGCCAUUGACCUCUCUCAUCUAGGGCCUCCUCUUGAUGUGGUGGCCCCCAGACUGUGUCGGACCCCUGAGGCGUUCUUCGGACCCACCGCUGCCUCACUCGUAAACCUUGACAUGCUUAUUUCGACCAACCCACCUGCCAAGAGCAAAAACCCCUUCCUGUCAGGUCUGAGCACACCAUCACCCACAAACCCUUUCCACUGUGAGCAGCCAAGACUGACUCUGAAUCAGUUGAAACCCAACUCCACCUCUUCCAUGCCGGCCCACACCCUGUCCUACAGCCCUUCCCUCCCCCUGCCCCUGCUGCAGCAGAAGCCUCAGUCAUUGCCUUCUUCCUACACCCAGGCCCACCACGGCCUGCUAGAUAUGCCCAGUAACCUGCCCCAGCCUCUGCUACCCCUCACCCCUGCCCCUCUCAACCCUUCCACAUUACUACCACACCACAAGGGUCAAGGCUACAACCCCUUCCUAUGAGGAUUCAGACUGAAACUGGAUUGGAAUCACUUUUAUUCACAUUUGUUUCUGAAGUGGAUUCUCAAUGUGAAAAUGUGCACUGAAACUGAAAUACUCUUUGUGAUUGAGUUUCAGUGUGGAUGGACAAAAGUGAAUGAAGUGCUGAUUUACUCUGAGUUACUCCUCAUAAUUUGGUUUCAACGUGAAUGGACUGAAGUGAAACAAGAUCAGAUUUACACAGUAUUAUUCCUCGUGAUUUGGUUUCAGUGGAAACAGUCAAAAGUGAAUCAAGAGCUGAUUUACUCUUGAUUACUUCUCCUGAUUUGGUUUCAGUAUGAACGGACUGAAAUGAAUCAAGCUGAUUUGAAUGCCUCAUUUGAAAUAUUACUAAAGAACAAAUCAGGGUUGUUUUUUAGUGAAAAAUACUUUCUAAUAAGACAGUAAACGUUAAAUGCUGACUGGAUUUAUUAACUUGACAGUUAAAAUGGCAUCUAUAUACAGUGUAAUAGUUAAUUUAAGAAUAAGCGCUAAGCCUGGACAUUGCUUUAUAGUGAAUUUAAAAUCAACAUGAAAUCAACAUUUACUCAGUUUGCUCUUAAAUACACAUUCCUGGUCUUAUUUUGCUAAAUGUUUUGGUACAUGUUAUUCCACUGGAAAAAACAAACGUUUGUCUCUAAAAUCUUUCAUCAAAAUGUAUCCGUCUUUGAAGCGACUUUCCUUUUCGGCUGAUGUCACAGAAUCAAGUACAACCUUACAUUUCUUUUUCUCAUUGAAUAUUCAGUUUCACUCAGAAACGUCACAUUGCGGAAGUAAAAUGGGUUGUGAACGUGUUUCAUUUAGACUUCAAAGGCUACAAAAUACUCUACCCAAGUACAUGAAUGCAAAUUAUGCAUUCUAAAAUGAGUCAGACUGCAAGCACAUGCUGCGUUCUCAGCAUUGCCACAAGGGGCGCUAUAGCGAGAUUAGUGUGAACUGUCCACUUCUAUGGUGAGUUUUUUCUAUCAAUUCAACUACUGUCAUGACAGAGUAACAGUUUGAAGACAAUAUUGCUAAGGAAUUAGGUUUAAGUAACAAAACAAUAACACAUCCAGUUUAAUUGCACAGACUUUUAAAGAAAUCUCUAUCGCUCCAUUAAGUACUGAAGAUCGUUACUGCCACGGUAACGCAAGAACGCAGGUUAUGACGGCAAUGUGGUGGCCAAACGAUUUAAUCUGUGUGCGUGUAUUUGUGUAAAGUUUGUUUCUUGCCUAAACCAAAGCUGGCUUCAUGUUCAAAAGUUCUCAAUGAUUUGCUCUUUUGAUACAGAGACAGCAUGCUGCUUAUGAAUUUAGGAAAUGGUUUGAAUGUCAGUAUUUCAGUCAGAAAUAUACUCUCAGCUGUAACAUAUGUGGAACUGAAGAUGGAAAGGCAGGAACAUAAUGGAACUUAUGACUUGUCACUGAGAAUAUAUGCAUCACAUAAUAUUUCUAUACACAAAUAUUUUCUAAUUUACUUUCUGUUGCCUUGUAUCGACGGAUCCCUAGGAAUGUUUGACGCACAGCGUCUAGCACUGAUUGUAACCAUCUCCUCCACCAAACCACGUGCCUGUCCUACUGACAGUCCCACAAUGUAUUGGGGCUGUCGCCUCACUUGCUGUUUGGAUCUCCAUAGCGCCACCCACAGGAAAAAGACAUACAGACAAUACUUAAUGCUGAAUUAUCCUAUGCUGUUGUUUCCUCCACUUUAACAGUAAAGCUGGUACUUGUUAUUAAUCUCUGCUAAUGAAUAUGACAUUGAGUUCAGCGUAUUCCCUAUUAAAUGGAACCAGGUUAAUCGUUUAAUCUAUUACAGGCUAAUUGGUGUACAUUCAUGGCACUAAUAAAUUAAUGUUAUUCACUUUUCAUGCUGAUUAUUAUUUUGUGCUCAUUUUUAGUUUUUCUCUCCAUUUCAUGUUAAAGGCCCCAUGAAAUUGUUUGACAAACAAUUCUCAUCUCUUUUGGGUGUACUCUCCCUUGAAGUGA